AGCAGUUUUAGAUGUUUGUUUAUUCUGACGAGUCUUAUCUAGGUGUGUCUUCAUUUAGGCAAGAUCCCAUUUAGUUGUAUGUUUACUCGUGUUUGGACCCGCAUCACCUCCAUUGGCCGCUCUGGUCACAUGGUUCGCUAACUUUAUUCAGUUGACACCAAGUAGGAGGGCUCUAUGGAGGAGAGGAAAAAAAGACAACUCGAGAAAAAUUAGUAUUUUCUACCUUCAGAAAUUAAUGGCCAUGAGUUCGUAUAUGGUGAACUCUAAGUAUGUGGAUCCCAAAUUUCCUCCCUGCGAGGAAUACUCGCAGAACAACUAUAUACCUGAGCAGGGCUCGGACUUCUAUAGCCCGGCGCAGGACGCGGACUUCCAGCACCCAGGGAUCCUCUAUCCGCGAUCAAACUACACAGAGCAGCCGUUCAACUGCAGCCCCGUGUCGGACUCCGCGGUGCAGCCCCGGGGUCAUCCCGGGCACACGGCCCACUUUGGGGCACAGACUGAGCAAGGGCCCCCAGUCCAAAACACCGGACCUCGGACUUGUGGGCUGCAGCAAAACGCAAAGAAUCAGAAUGGGAUCCAAGCCAAGCAACCUGCAGUAGUUUACCCUUGGAUGAAGAAAGUUCAUGUAACUACUGUGAACCCCGACUACACGGGAUCAGAGCCCAAACGCUCCAGAACCGCAUAUACUCGGCAGCAGGUCUUGGAGCUGGAGAAGGAGUUCCACUUUAAUCGCUAUUUGACCAGACGGCGGCGGAUCGAGAUUGCCCACACACUCUGUCUGUCCGAGAGACAGAUAAAAAUCUGGUUCCAGAACCGACGGAUGAAGUGGAAGAAGGACCACAAGCUUCCCAACACCAAAGGCAGAUCCGCGCCGGCCUCUGGCCAUUUGCAAAACCAUCAGAAGGACAACCAGACUGAUAUAACAGCGUUAUAAAGGACAUAGGAGGAGGUUUCAGGACACAUAUUUUGUACAUAAACAAAGACAAAAGCUGCAUUUCGACUUUUGCAUGGACUGGUGUCGUUUGUGCAUUUUUUUUUAUUUAACAAAAUUGAUUCCAGCAAUUUUGACCCAAGAAUGAAUCAGAAAACCAAUCGUUUUCUUUUACUGAGAGGUUGGAAAUAUUUCUUGCUUAUAUUUAAUUUCAUCACAGUCAGAAAAUAAUGUUUUUUUUAUAUUUGUAUUGGGCCUAUAAUGAUUUAUUUAAUGUUUAAUUUCACGAAUAUAGGCCAAAUGUUUCCUCUUACAUAAAUUUCAGUGUUUCCUUUUUUCUGUUUUCUUAUUUUACAUCAAUGAGGCAAGACCCUCGCUUUUUAUCUUUUCUUUUUCAUCCCACAAAACGCACAAUAUAGGUACUUGAAGGAAGCGUUAUUUGCAUAAACACUCGUAGAACUUUCUUUGCAAAAAAAAAAAAAA